ACAGCCUCGCGCGCAGGCGCCCUGUGGCCGCCAAUGGGCGUGAGCUCUGCACCGCCACCGCCUUCUCCACCCCACACGAUCGGCGAUCGGCUGGCGCUGACUAGCGCGUGCUUAGGGUGGGGAGGCGUGCGCCGAGCGGCACCGGCCCAUCUGCUGUCCCCAUGGCAGCCGUCUACUCCGGGGUUUACCUGAAGCUGAAAAGCGCCAAGACUUCUUGGGAAGACAAACUCAAACUAGCCCGUUUUGCGUGGGUUUCUCAGCAGUGUGUUCUGCCUAAUAAAGAGCAAGUAUUGCUUGAUUGGGUAAGCCAUACGUUGGUUUCAUACUACAAUAAGAAACUUGAACUGGAGGAUGAAGUUGUUGAGAAACUCUGGGCAUAUCUAGACAACAUUAUCCAUAGCAGAAGACUACAGAAUCUCUUAAAGAGUGGGAAGACAAUAGGUCUGAGUUUUUCAAUUGCACAGGUCAUAAAUGAAAGAUUAUCAGAGGCCUGUUCUCAAAAAACACAGCAAAACAUUGGCACGGUGCUGAGUUGCUCCAGUGGCAUUCUUUCUACUCCUUCACUCUCCAUCAUUUACACAGCAAAGUAUGAGCUCUUGGUUGAUCUUCUAAGCAAGCUGUCUGCGCUGGCAUGUCAGCAGCUGGCUUCUGAUGACACUGUGGGCUCUAAGGUGUUCAGCGUCCUCCGGCUUACCUUUGCUCAGUACUUCCUGAUCCAGAGGCAGCAAACCAACCCAAAUCGUGUGUUUGGGCAAGUGACAGGUCACUUGUUACAGCCAUGUCUGCUCCUGAGGCACUUGCUGACUGUGAGGAGCUGGACGCAAGCCGAUGACAACCAUGUGCGUCAGCACCUGAGCAGGGAAAUCCGAAACCAAGUAGAAGCUUUGCUGCAGGCUGGUUUGUUCCAGCCUGAGCUUUUCGCAUCCUACAAAGAGGAGCUGCUGCCAGAGCAAGAAUUCCAGGAGAAGAAGAAGGGAACUUUGAAAAGUCUUUUGCUGCCAGUCCACACAGUGCAGACCAAGCUAGGCAGUGACUUUUGUGAACCUGCCCUCCAUGGAGCUGUUGUGGCUGGUUCAGUGUCCCUGCUAUAUAAGCUCUUUCUGGACUCGUACUGUAAGGUGGAAAGCCAUCUUGUGUGUUUCCACAUGUUCAGAAGGCUUUUUGACUGUCUCCAGCUCUCUGGCCUGCAACAGGGCACAAGGGAGGAUGUGCUUUCUCCUGUGGAUUGGAGCACAGAGCUGCUUGCUUUGGAACAGCUUCUGAACUUGGUGCUUAGCAGUGAUAUCUAUAAUGUGGCCAGUGACCGUAUCCGGCACAAGGACAUACAGUUUGGGUUUUACCGCAAGCUAGCACAGAUGUUGCUGAGUCACUCCCAAGCUUCCAUCCCUGCUUGGUUCAGGUGUCUCAAACUUUUGAUGUCAUUAAAUCACCUUAUAAUAGAGCCAGACUUGGAGGACUUAGUGGCCUCAGCUUGGAUUGAUGCUAAGGCCUCUGAACCGCGUACAAAGAAGCCUCAGGAGGCUCUCAUUGACACCCUGUUUCAGACCUAUUCCAAGCUGCGACAGUUCCCACGGCUCUUUGAGGAGGUGCUGACAGUCAUUUGCCGGCCUGCUCAUGAUGAACUGAGGCUGCCUGUCUUCUCUGUCGGUCUGACAGUAAAGCUUUGUGAGUGCCUUCUUGAACUGCCGCCCAACCAGAUUCUGGACAUUUUGUGUCUCUUUGUGGAGAAAUGCCAGACCCUUAUCGUUCCUGCUGUUGAAGGGUCAUCUGACAUGGCCUUGAAGCUGCUGUCAGUGAGCUCAAUGCUGCACGCUUUUUUAUUCAACAUGAGGAGCCUAGAUGAUAUCACUCCUCCCCCUGUGGUCCUUCGCACUCAGAGUCUGCUGGCAAAGAUGCAGAAGGGAAUAAUCCAGCCACUGAUAGAGCUGCUGCAGGCUCCUAGGAGAGAGAAAGAGAAGUCAGACCUUUGGCUAAGAAAGGCCAGUGACUCUGCUCUCCUUCUUGUUUACACUUGGGUUGAGGUAGAUGCUUUGUUUGGUGUUAGCUGUAGUAAAUAUGUGUCUCCAGCAACUGAAAUUGCCGGUGCUGUUACUGCAUCUGCUGCAAGGCAUGGAGGUAUUUCCAAUUUCCUCCCUGGUGUGGAGGAGCAGUGUUGGGAGAGAGUCAUGGAACUUGCAAAUAGUUUUGCCUCCACUAGUAAAUAUUGCUUAGAACUGCUCACACUUCAGAAAAUGAAGAUGAUCUUAAUGCAAACCAAAGCUGACCUGCAUGCCUUGCAGCAAGCUGCGGCUUUCAUCUUGGAGUCUGGGAGAUCCAGCAUAAGCGGGGGAGAAUCUGAACCAUGGGAUGGAGAUAUCAGCACGAUAAGUGAUCUCACCUACCCCACGGCCCACUGGCACCUCGUCAUCUCCAACCUGACUAUCCUGUUGCCACAUAUUUCUCUGAAAGAUGUAGAGUACAUCGCAGAUGUUCUUCUAGAGACAUUAGUAUUGGCCAGAGCUCAGGAAGCUGACACAGAUGCGGAGUCUUUCCUCAGCAUUGGAAAGAUAUCUCUUGGUUUGAUGCAUAGCUCUUUUCUACCGGAAAUGAAGGUCUUGCAUUGUGCUUUUCUUACCAGUCUUAUUAAUCAGUUUGCUAGGGUGCUGCCCUCUGCUGCCAAGGAUUCAGUAGAUCUGCCACUUCAACAGCUGUCUGCAGGUAAUAUCCCUUGGCAUGAAGAAAUCCUGUCUUCUUGCAGGCCAGUUGACACACUGGAAGCACCAUCAGAAAACAAACUGUUGAACAAUGAGCUCAGCUUGUCUUGGAAAACACUGGAGAAAGUUGCCCAAUGUAUAGUAUUGUUAGCAAAAAACGGCUGCCCUGUCAUCUUGAACGAAAGUCAUCUGGAAAGCUGCUUGGGUUUGCUAGAAAUUGCUUCUCUGAUGAAACUAGAUGGUCUUCUUCCCUCUGACUGUACCCGGUGUUUUCUGGUGCUGAUGUCCCUGCUAGCCAAUACCAGGGCUAGCGCCUCUUGCAGCAAGCUGCUGUUACUGAAGUUUUUUAGUACCUGCUUCCACCUCCUGAGGUGCCUGCAAGCUGGCAGGAACGCCAACUCUGUUUUUAAGGUGUUUCAUGCUAGUGAUGUUCUUGAGGCAGUCAUGACCUCCCAGCUCACAACUAGCAAGUUCUCCACUGAUGUUUUGACUGUUCCUGUUUGGGCACAGUAUUUCCAGGAAAUCCAAGCCUUUUUGGAAAGCUUUCUUCAGAUGAUUAUUGAAAGAAAGCAAAGUGUGAAGCUCAACUUGGAAAAGUUCAUGUCUUUCCUGGUGAGCUGCAAGCCAGAUGUUGGUGCAGCCAAAAGCAAGGGCUGGAAAAACUGGAAUCCCGCAGCUGGGCAGUUACUGCUCAUGGCGUUCACCACACUGUGUCACGUUGUCACGCUCUACCUUCAGCAGCUGCCAGAAAAGAAGCUGCACUCUGCGGAUGUACUGUCUGCUCUCUUGGAGCCGGUAGUUCUGCAGAUGGUCAGAACUGUUGAACACGGUCUUCAGAAUAACACCCCAAAUCAGCCUUUGCCUAUAGUAUUCAUACCAUCUGUCACUACUCUUCUCCAAGCAGAUCUGAGCCAUGCCAUCAAGAAGGGCUGGCAGAAGGAGCCCAGUGGGUUUUUGGAGCAACCUCGUAUUAAACUGUACCAAAAGUUUUACUCUCAGAUACUGAGAGAGCUAUCCUGUGCAGGAGGUAAUCUGCAGUUCCUUCAGCCUGCAUUGCACUUCCUAACGGUCUUCUGCUCAGUGCCGGAGCUGUAUCCUGGAAAAGAAACUGCAGUCACGGUUGUUUUUGCUAUAAAAAAGCUUCUCACUGGUAUGAAAACUCUUACUCCGCUUCCUUUCCUAAUUUCGCAGCACAGAGGUCCUGCAGUCACAGCCCAGGUGAUCCAAAGUAUGGAGAUGGAGCUGACAGAGGUGCUUGUCCAGCUGCUGGGAAACUGCUCCACUGAGGAGUUUUAUGCCAUAAUGAGGCUGGUGCUGCAGGGACUUGAAAUGAGGAAUGUUUGGCAACAGAAGGCUAAAGAAGUACUGUCGGCUGUUACACUAACCAAAUUGUUGCUCAGCUGCCCUUUAAAUGGAGACAAAGAGAAAGCUUUCUGGUUUGCCAGCCCACAGAUAAUCACAGCUUUAGCUAUGCAAGCCAAAGAGGCCUGUCAGGACCAAUCACUGAUUUCAACCAUAGUUGUAUCUAUUCUAGAGACUGUAGCAGCUCUGCUAAGGCAAGGAGAAGGGAUUCUCUUGAAUCCACACCAUGUGGCGUUGGUGUUCAGCAUCCUCCUAACAGUCCCUUUGGAUCAUCUGAAAACAGAAGACUAUCGCAGUGUCUUCCUGGGAGUCCAUGAAGUACUAUUCUCUAUUGUGCAAUGUCAUCCAAAGGUGCUGUUGAAAGCAGCACCAUCCUUUCUGAGCAGUUUCCAUCGUCUGGUUGUUUCUGUCAUGCAUGAAGGACGUCAGAAAGGAGACAAAGGCAACACAGAUGAGUUUGAAGUUAUACUGAAGUGCGCACACUUGGUGGAACGGAUGUAUACUCAUAUUGCUGCAGAAAUGGAAAAUUUCACUGUGUUUUCUUCUUUCAUUGUGGCUCAGUAUGUGACUGAAUUGCAGAAGGUGACUUUGCACCCGGCUGUGAAGAAACAUCUCACAGAAGGGAUAUAUCAUAUCCUUGACCUUUGCAUUGAACGGGACGUCAAGUUCUUAAAUGCAUCACUACCGGCUGGUGUAAGCGAAGUCUUUAAGGAUCUGUAUAAUGAUUACAAACACUACCACAAAGCAAAAAAACAUGGGGAGGAAAAGUAUACUGCAUGAUGAAUCCUGUGUGGUGCUACAUAAUCUGUUAUGAAUUGAUCUUACAGCACUCAGAAAAUCCUCAGUUGCUGUUUGCUUGGGAUGACUAGUAGGAUCAAAUUUGAAGGUGGUCCUCUAAACAUAAAUUGCAUCUAUCUCUAUCCAGCCAGCCUUCAUUAUGGGGAAAAAAGGAAUGCAGUGGGAGGAAGUGCUGUUAGGUCUGGUCCUGCUGGGUGCCACAAAUGGCAGAACUACUGCACCUGCGCUGGUCCCGGCAAACUUGCUGGGAACCCUGGGGAGCUCACUGCAGUCUGUCAGCAGAUGUCAGGCUUCAGGCUUUGGCACAUCAUGGUGCUUUGCUGUGGAAGCAAUAGUCUGGUGUAAAAGCUAGUGGGGGGGUUAUAACUCCUACUCUCGCUUCCAUGGUAAGCAGAAUUAAAACAGUUAAAGUGUUUAUUUUUGUACCCUGUUAUUUUACAUUUUGUUACUGAAGAAAUUUGUGAAUGUAACACAGCUGCCUGGUGGAUGCUGUGCAAAACUGUGGAAAUACAGUAAAAUAUUUGAAAGUUUGUAUCUCUUUGCUUGGUUGGUUUUACUCCUGAGUCCAGCCCUGGGCAACCUGGUCUGACCUAUUGAAUUUCCUUCCCAAUGGAAUUGUCUUGUGAUGUCACGAUAAUUAAAAAGACUGACUAGUUAGAACUCUGGUCGAUUUACUGUCAUUAAGGAAUUAUACUUCCUCAUCUGAGCUGUGGCUGCUGUCAGUGUACGUUUCUAUUUUGUGGCAAAUGCUAAGUACCGAGACCUAUCCUAGACCUAUUCGGUCUAAAAUCAGCCUUGGUGCUUUGCAUUCACUCUAGGUGAAGAGCAAACCCUGGAAUUAACUGCAGCUCAGCUGACAGUAAUUUAAUAAAUGGUGGUAAAUUAAGCACAUUUGAACCUGUAUGUACCUUUAUGAAUGAGCUCUCUUUCACUAGCUAAACUACAGAAGUUUAUUUUGUUGAAAAUGAUAGGUAAAAGUUUGGAUCUUUAGUUUCGAAGUGGGUAAACCACUUUCACACGUGUACACAGUUAGUAGUAAGAACUCUACUCUCACAUGAUUAUCUGCUUUAAUCUGCAGAUAGGGGAAUGGGCAGAGGAAGACUGGAAUGUGCCUCAUAGCAAGGUCCAAAGGAUGAAAUUUGGCUGAGGCUGGAGACUCCACAGUGCACGAACAAAAGAGGUCUGCCAUUGACCUGGCAGUAGGUACCUCUGCAACUCACACUGGUGCCCACUCCCCUUCUCCAUCUUUGCCAUGUGGAGCCUCCUGUGCUGGCUAAACUUCAUCCUUUGAAUUGAAGAUGAUCCUCCUCCUGUCUUGAACAAGAAGCUUGGAGAGAAAGCUUUGAUACUACGCAAGUGCUGUUCAGAAGUAGCCAAAACAGUGGUGCGUUAUCAACACUGUUCUAGCCACAAAUGCAAAGCACAGCAUCAUAUGGGCUGCUAUAAAGCAAGUUAACUCCAUCCAAGCUGGACCCUGUACAUCGCUGCCAUUUCUGUAUUUUGUUUCAGAAGUGAAAAGCUGAUGUGGGCCAGCAUUGGGAAGGACAGUUACUGCUGCCCCACCAGGCUGUGGGACACUGAAGUGCCUGGUAGGUCUCAGAAGGGAAAUGUGUUUGUGCUGGGUGCAGCCAAAUGGGCAUGAAAGAGAGGAGGUCUCCAGGGUGAAGACAGUUAAUAUGCAAGUAAAAUGAAGGAAGGUUAUGAAUGUUGAGAGAGGAUCUUGAAAGAACAAUGAAAAAAAGCACAGCUAGGUUUUGGAGCAGGGGGAAAGGAAGUGAGGUAGCAUCUCUGACCUGUAAGUGUCAAGGCUCCCCUGAUGUAGCCAUAUGGUUGCAAACCACGCACAUAAGUCAAAAGCUUUUGAGUGUAGACCACAGAGUAAAUAACAUCUUACUUAUCAUUUUAAAGGAGAUAAGCUACUUAAGUUGCUAUCAGUUUUAUUUCAUUAGCGUUCUUAAUUUUAUCAAAUUUAACUUGGCUUGGAAAUGAAAAUGUGUAACUUGCAUGGGCAGGGGUGAAAGGAAUAGAAGUCUCCUACUAUAAAAAGGACACAGUGCUUGAAUGAAUGAAAAAUUGAAACCCUGCCACAAUUAAAUAUUUAUUUAAAAUAUGGUGUGCAACUGCCUCUUACGCACAGCCUUCCUCUUUCUCCAGACUAUGCAGCGGAGUUCUGAAAUGCAAAGCAGCAUUUCUGUGUAGAAGUUACAAAGGGGUUAAAAAGAAUUCUCUAUUUAUCUGCUAAUCCUAGGUCUUUGUCCCAAGAACUGCUGGUUUUUUUUAGCUAGAAUAAAUUAAGUCACUGGCAGAGGACCACCUGCUGAGAAAGCAGGCUUUGUUUUAUUGAGUACAUUCCCAUGAGGGUGCAGUGUUCCUGUUUUGUCACAAGGUGGAGCCAUCCUGCAAGGGUGCCAAAGCACCAUCUGAAAUCGCGUUGUUUGAUGUCUUUCUCCUUAGGUUGAGUGAGUUGAUGAGCGAUUAGCACCAGGAAGGUAAAAGAGUUUGGAAGAGGCACCACCUCAAGGCUAAAGGGCAGGGUUGCAACUUUUGUUUCAAUUGAGCAUUAGCUUCCUGCCAGUGAGCUUGAAAGCACAGUCCUUACAGGCUUCUGCAACAGUUAAUCUUGGCUAGUUUUCCAACUGUUGAUGCAGUGCAUCUCUUCCAAGGGCUUUCCUCACUGCUACUGUACUAACAGGUAUGCUACUAACAGUAGCAUUUUCUCACUUCUUCUGUACUCUGGCCAUAGGCAGAGCUUGCAGGCUGACAUAUCAGGGUCCUGCUGACUGUGCCGCAGGUUCAGCCUGUGGCUCUGGGUGUGGUGUUCAUUCUUUGUGCCAAGGCAGUGCCCAAGUAUGCUGUGCCAAACCCAGCUCAAAUAUAAAGUAAGAGACAGGAUGGGCAAGCAGAACGUUCAUGACCAGCAAAGAUCACUUUGGUUUUGUUUAUCCCUUGUUUCUGUGAAACUGCUGUAAAAAUCAGCUGAUUUUUCUUCUUCUCUGGGGGUGGGGCUUGAUGCUUGAUUUAUCUUGCUAUUUUGGAUAGAAAUGCCAAAAAUGGUGAAAGUGUAAAAUGGUAGAAAUUAUUUUUCUAAUUUAGAAAGAAGUUAUUUUUCCUGUUCUUACCUGCUGGUAGAAGGCAACAUACUGA